AUGGAGCUGCAACGUGGGACAUCAGCAGCUCAACCACAGCCGUCUAAGAUGGACCCCUCAGCUCUCCCAGAGCUUGCAAUUAAAUCCAAGGAAAACACAUCACAAAAUAUUUACCCUGAAGAUCUCCACUAUUACCUGAGUUUACAAAUACACGAUGUUAAGGCGGGGAGGGGAGAAAAGGAAGUAUCAUAUAUUCCUAAGACGCUGCUCUCAAUGCUGCUACUUUCCUCUGGCCCAUAUUUGAACUUAGGCAGUCCAAAUAAACAAGAGAAUUUGGGGGGAGAGAUGCAAAACCACAAACUCCUCCAGGCUUCGGCCGCCGUUGCCAGGGCCUGGCUGACACCUCUUCGAGUGCCUCACCACGCAUUUGAGACCUGGUGGCUGCUGGUGUUGGGUUUACACGCUGCAAAAACAACUCAGGAGGUGAUGAGCGUGAACGGCACCUCGUUCCGGUCUGGGAGGUUUUAUUACAAUGAGUUUAGCUCCAGGCAAGCUGCUGUGCAGGACAGCUAUCUGAAGAGCAGCCCCAUCAUCAAUCCCAAGACACCACACGCCGACCUGAAGCAUCUCUGUCUUUUGGAAGAGGACAACAGCAUUGUGAGCUCACAGAUGAGUGACUUCAGCAC